AUGCCUGGAGAGCGAGAGGAGAGGACAAGAAGGGCGAUUGGAGAUGCCCUGGAUGUCAGGCGAAACGGGAAGUCGUUCCCUCAGGGUACUGGUGUUUCUGCCAUUCAACAUCGGAACCCAAACCUGCUCGUCUAUCAACACCCCAUUCUUGCGGAAGUUCGUGUUCUCGCCCUCGAGAGAGCGGUUGUGGACAUCCUUGUCCUCUGCAAUGUCAUCCGGGACCCUGUCCUCCUUGUCAAGUCACGACUCGCCUUCCAUGCUAUUGCCCGAGAAAACAAGUUCUGGCAUUUCGGUGCGGCCUCGACCACUCAUGUCAAAAGAUCUGCCACGACGGAGAUUGUGGGACGUGCGAGGUCAAGGAUCAAGCACGAUGCUGGUGCGGGAAGGAGGAGCGAGAGAUCGGCUGUGGCGUUGGCGAGGAGGUUCGGUGUUUCGUCGAGGGAGAAACGCCGUGGAUUGGGAGAUUUGGCUGUGAUCAAACGUGUAAUAGACUGUUCGAUUGCGGCAAGCACAAAUGCGAAAAGCCUUGUCAUGUUCCCUCUCCAAAGCCAGCAGCAUGUCCUCGGUCUCCAAGCGUAA